AUGCAGGAGGGCAAGUUCAAUAUGAGGAACCCGGCUGUGAAGAGGAUUCUGCAGGAGAUGAAGGAGUUGCAAAAAGAUCCCAGCAUUGAUUUCAUGGCCGCGGCAUUGGAGGACAACAUCUUCGAAUGGCAUUUUGCUGUGCGUGGACCUCCAGACACUGAGUUCCAGGGGGGCAUUUUUCAUGGGCGCAUCCUGCUCCCACCCGAGUACCCCUUCAAGCCGCCCUCGUUCCUGAUGUUGUCUCCGAACGGGCGGUUUGAGACGAACGUCAAGAUCUGCCUCUCCAUUUCCUCGCACCACCCAGAGCACUGGCAGCCGUCUUGGAGUGUGCGCACCGCGCUGACAGCGCUCAUCGCCUUCUUUCCCACCGCCGGCAAUGGCGCCAUCGGCUCCCUGGACUACGCAAAGGAGGAUCGGGCGGCGCUGGCCGCAAAGUCGCGCGAGCAGCCGCCGCAGUUUGGCAACGCCGAGCGGCAAGCAGUCACCAAUGAGAUCCAUGCGGCCAUGCUGGCAGCUGAAGAGGCACUGGUACGGCUGUCCUCUUAUUGA